AUGGCCGAGCACGUGAGCCACCAGGCCGACGCGUCGCUGGGCCACGUACAGAUCAGCCAUCCACAGAUCUCCCACGACACGGCCGGCCAUUGUGGGCACGACGCCGCGGGGACGGCUCACGACGCGGCCGGUGCGGGAGCCAACCAGGCCGGCGGAGUUAUGCAGGAGGUGGACGGGCAGGCGCAGCUGGUCGUGCAGAGCGCCGUCGACGCCGCCACGGGGGCCGUCAAGAAUGCCACCGGCCUCGGCGGCAACUAG